AUGGUGUUAGUGAGAGUGCGUGCAGGCAGCAUUUUAUGAUGGCGCGGCAGCCGCGAUGUUAUUUUGCUGGCUGGCUUUUCUCCGAAGUAUCGCCCUGACCCACAGACGUGACUGUGAAAACGCGAUAAUUUCGAAAGGAUCGUUGCUUGUGUUCUUACGUCCUUCACGACACUUCUCUAUCGGGCACGCUUUUCCUCAGAAAACAUUUUGUUUGUACACGCUGCCCGUGUUGCAGCAUCUUUACCGGGAUAGCGGCUGCCGCUAAAACUGUUAUAAAAUAUGAAUAAACGAAGAAGGACCUCUUCUGUGGCUAGUCGGGGCACUGAGGAUGACCCUGAUGAUAUAAUACCAGAACCAUCCAAAAGAAGGAAAAAAUUGGAUCCAAGUGAUUUAUGUUAUCAAUUGUAUGAUUCGAUCAGAAAUCACAAAAAGGAAGAUGGUUCCUUAUUGUGUGAUGCUUUUAUACGUGUCCCAAAGAGAAGACAAGAACCUGGUUACUAUGAUGUAGUUUCAAAUCCUAUAGAUCUUCUAAAAGUUCAACAAAAAUUAAAAACAGAUGAAUAUCGAGAUAUGGAUGAAUUGGCAGCUGAUAUACAGUUGAUGGUUAAUAAUACAAAAGCAUUCUACAUGCGUAGUUCUCCAGAAUAUAAAGAUGCCACUGAAUUGUGGGAUCUAUGCGUGAGUACAAAAAAUAGGAUAUUGGAUGACUAUGAAGAUGAACCUAUUAGAGGCAGAAUGAGCUUAAAGAAUAAAAGGAUUACAAGGCAAGAUGACACAGAAGACACUUCUGAAAGCUCAACUAAUCCUGAUGAUGACACACAAGCUUAUGAGGAUUUAUUUGGUGUAGUUAUGACUGCAACAGAUCCUGCAGACAGUAGUAGGCAACUCCAUGCUCCAUUUUUACUGAAACCUUCAAAGAAACUCUAUCCUGAAUACUAUGAAGUUAUAGAUCAACCUAUUGAUCUUAAAACAAUUGCUAACAAAAUUCUUGAUAGUGCAUACAAUAAUAUAUCAGAGAUGGAAAGAGAUUUAUUGUUGAUGUGUCGCAAUGCAUGUCAUUUCAAUGAACCAGGUUCAUGGAUAUAUAAAGAUGCUAAGUUAUUGAAAAAAAUAAUUACUAUAGCAGCUAAAAAACAGUCUUCAGACAUCAGUGCAUCAUUGUCAAAGUCAAUGUCUGCUGCAUUAUCUACAAGAAGUAAAAGAGGUAAUCGGUCAGCACAUGCAUUAGUAGCAUCAUCUGCAGCAUUACGAGAUGAAGAUGAAGAAAGUGAUGACGAAGAAGAAGAUCCUUUAGAUACAGAAGAGAGUGAUAAUCCUCAAUGGCAACUCUUUCAAACAAUCAGGACAGCACCUAAUAGUUCAGGUCUGCGAAUGAGUGAAUUUUUCUGGACUUUGCCUUCAAGACAAUUAUAUCCUGAUUAUUAUAAGAUGAUUAAAAAUCCAAUUAGCUUACUGCAAAUCCGAAAAAAAAUUAAGAGAGGAGAUUAUGGUACAGUUAGUGAAGUUGCUGGAGAUAUGAAUAUUGUUUUUGAAAAUGCUAAGAAAUAUAAUAUUCAUACAUCAAGAUUGUACAAGUUUGCAGUAAAGUUACAAAAAGUUAUGCAAGAAAAAGUACAAGAAUUAUUGGAAUUUGAUCAGGAAUCCGAAUCUGAAGAAGAAAAUGAUGUCAACUCGCAUCCCAAGCUUGUAAAAAGAGCUUCAAAUCUUUUAACACGGGGAAAGUACAAAGAUAAUAUACCUCUAAAAAAACGAUUACACAAACUUGUAAAGUGUGUUGUGGAAUAUGUGACUGAUGAUGGGCGACAGCCUAUAUUAUUGUUCAUGGAGAAGCCUUCUAAAAAAACAUAUCCUGAUUAUUAUCAAGUCAUAACCGAACCAAUUGAUAUGUUAACAAUUGAGGCAAAUAUUAAAGCAGAAAAGUAUCGUAAUGAAGGCGAAUUAAUUCAAGACUUCAAACUCAUGUUUAGAAAUUGUCGUCAGUAUAAUGAAAAUGGCUCCAUGAUUUAUGAAGAUGCAAAAAUUUUGGAAAAAGUGUUGAUGGAUAAGGUUAAAGAACUCGGUCCUCUUCAAGAUGUUAAAUCUAAAUCAACAGGUUCAACGCCAACUCGUCAUGUUGGGCGACCCAGAAAAGUUGUGCCUUUGCAUUUACAAAAAAUGCGGACUAUGUACGAUACCAUUAAGGAUUACCAUGAUGCCAAAGGAAGACAGUUAUCUUCAAUAUUUAUGAAAUUACCAAGCGUUAAAGAAUAUCCUGAUUACUAUGAAGUUAUUAAAAAUCCUAUACAUAUGGAAAAGAUAGCUUCUAUUUUGAAAAAUAACGGUUAUGAUACUCUUGACGAUUUAGUAUCAGAUUUACUUCUUAUGUUUGACAAUGCCUGCAAGUAUAAUGAACCAGACUCACAAAUUUACAAGGAUGCAUUAACUCUGCAAAGGCUAGUUCUUCAAACAAAAUUACAGUUGAGUGAAGAUGAUGAAAGUAUACCUGAUGUUCCAUCUGCAGUUCAAGAAAUAUUGGCAACAGUAUUUACUGCUCUGUACAAUCACCAAGAUGAGGAAGGACGUUGUUAUUCUGAUUCUAUGGCUGAAUUACCUGAACAUGAUAUUAUUGAUGGAAAGAAGGUUCGAGGACUGUCACUGGAUUUGAUUAAACGACGCUUAGAUAAAGGAGUUUAUAAAAGGCUUGAUCAUUUUCAAGAAGAUGUUUUUAGUUGCUUAGAGAGAGCAAGAAAAUUAUCACGUACUGAUUCUCAAGUAUUUGAAGACAGUGUAGAACUUCAAGCUUUCUUUAUUCGUACAAGAGAUGAAGUUACAAGAAAUGGUGAUUUGCUUCAUUCUCCUGCUUUAAAUUACACAGUUCAUGAUUUAGCUAAUCAAGUGGAGGAAUUAAAAAAAACAAAAGUUCAACAAGAGCUUAUAACAUCAAAUGAAGAUGAAAGUUGUGAUGCUAAUGAUAAGAACUUUCAGGAAGGAGAUACCAGUAAUAGUGUAUCUAGUAGUGAUAAUGGAGGUUCAAUGAGCUUCAAUCAAGAAAUAUACAGAGCUGGCGAUUUUGCAUAUAUAGAACCAACAGAACGUGGCAUGGAAAAUAGCGUUGUACUCAUUGAAAGGCUUUGGACAAAUCCAGAAGGACAACAAAUGCUUUAUGGAAAUUUAUUCUAUCGUCCAAGUGAAACUUAUCACGUAGCUUCUAGGAAAUUCCUGGAUAAAGAGCUUUUCAAAAGCGAUGCUCACGUUGCCGUGCCAUUGUCAAAAGUUGCAGGGCGGUGUUGCGUAUUAAGUGUAAAGGAUUAUUUUCGUAUGAUACCAGAAGGCUUUCCUGAAAAAGAUGUAUAUGUGUGCGAAUCAAGAUAUUCAACAAAAGCUCGAGCUUUUAAAAAAAUUAAAGUUUGGAACUUUGAUCCAGAUCAUCUAAAGUUGAUUCCAAGAGAUAAACAGUUGGAACCAAAACGUGUUAUUUCUGUUUAUAAAGAAAGGCUAGAGAAACACAAAGAGGAAAUUGCUGAGUUGGAGGAAAAUGAAAAAUCUAUCGAAAAAGAAAGACCAAAUGUUGUUUUAUUCAAUACUGAUGAUACUGAAAAUACAUAUUAUGAGCAAUACAAUACUUGCAUAGGACAUGUAAAAUUAGGUGAUUUUGUUUAUACAGCAACCGAUGGAGGCAAACAACAAAUAGCUCAAGUUGAUUCUAUAUGGUCCACCAAAGAUGAUAAGUGUUACUUUAAAGGGCCAUUUUUAUUGGCUCCAACAGAAAUUACACAUGCGCCAACAAAAUUAUUUUAUAAACAAGAACUGUUAUUAUCAACCGUUGAGGCUACGCAUCCCAUUGUUGCGAUAGUCGGAAAAUGCGCCGUUCUAGAUUAUGGAGAAUACACUUGCAGCCGACCAACAGAAAUACCUGAAGAUGACAUCUUUAUUUGUGAAUCUAUGUUUGAUGAAAACAAGAAUAUUCUUAGAAAGCUUGGCGUGGAAGGUUUGAAAAAGUAUGUUCAUUCUAAUCAAGUAACAGAAGAUGAAAUAUAUUUCUUCCGCAAGCCAAUUAAUCCUACCAAGGUGCCUAGUGACGCAAAUCAAAUACAAAAUCAGAGUAAGUCUGCUGGAUCGUCGUCGAGUCAGUAUGAAAUGGACGCAUCGCCGUACUAUCCAAAGCUGGAGUCCGACGGUCUGGGCAUGGGAAUGGGCUUUGGAGUGUGUGAGGACAGCUUGGAUGCUCCACCGUCGGUCGGCUCCGCCGAAGCUCAACCGGUGCUCUCCAACAUUCAAACCCCCGUCUCGUCCAAGAAGAAAACACCGGGUAAGAAAUUAGUUACGGGUUAUAUUUUGUACUCAAGUAAAAUGAGAACAACCGUCACGCAAAAUAAUCCAGAUUCGACUUUUGGAGAAAUAAGCAGGCUGGUUGGUAAUGAGUGGCGGAAGUUACCACCCUUAGAAAAAACAAUGUGGGAAGAACGAGCAAAUAAGCUGAAUGAAGAAGGUGGACAGAUUAGAGGGUCAGGUUCAUCACAAGACGUAGUAUAUGAGUGUUGUUGGGAGAAUUGUGAUUAUCAGUUUGAAGAUAUGGCAGAUUGCAUUGAACACAGUGUAGCAGAACAAUCAGGACAUGUCCAAAAUUAUUUUGCAAAUGCAAAUGAUAUGGAAUAUCAGUGUCAAUGGCGAGGCUGUGGUCGAUUAAAAAAAUCUGUGCCUCCAUUUCCAAGUGUGCAAAGACUUGCUCGGCAUGUAAAGGAGGUACAUAUACUUAAAUCAAAUGGACGGAUAAUUCCACCAUCUGAAAGAAGCAGGAAUUUUGUUGCUAUGAAGGGAUCUUCAAAUUCAGUUCCAAUGGAAACUGAAACGAUAGCAGCGGCUACACAAACGAAUAAUAUUCCAGCUUCUAAACAACCCGAGCCAUUAUUUAUUGCGGUACCUCCCUGCCCUAGUCGAGUGUUACAUUCAGACGCUUACUUAAGGUACAUUGAAGGAUUAACGUCUGACAACCGUUACAUAUCGAAUUGGGAUAAACAGUUAAAUGCCACAUCUGAGAACACACAAAUUCCGGAGGUUACAAAAUUACCUGAAGAAUGGCUCGGAAAUGGAGUAGGCAAUCACGGAAAUGUAGUAAAUGCCUUAUGGACCUUGAGAAAUAUGAUGAUGCGUGACGUUCUAGCCAUUAAUAAGACUUUGUAGUUCUU